AUGAUUUACAGGAAGGAGAAAGAGGACCAAAUAAACUCGGCCAACAGCCGAGCCGGUGUUUACAAGUUUGGCCAAUUCUUACACCAUGCACCAACAUCCAACCAGCCCCCUGCUUCCCGACUGCCUUCAACCACCAAGAGAAAUGCCCUUCCCAAGCCACACCCACCCACUCCACGCACUCCUCUCUUGAUCCCCGCUACCAGCAACUACAGUAGACCACCCUCGAGGUCCUUCACUGCCCAGAGCUCUGGGGCGACAUCAGUUGGAGGACAGGCGGGUCAUACUCCGACUUCUGAAUCUUUGCCAUCCUCCGAUAAGUUUUUCAUCAAUGUACCGCCUCGAAGCCCAGUCAUCGGUGAGAGGGGUAGCAGGAGACCAGCUCCGAUGUCGUACUUGGGUAACAGAGGGGGAAGGCCGCAGCAACAAUCUUGUAAAGCAGCACAGGUCAUGAGUUCUCCUAGUGUUGCACUGGCAGAUACUAUGUACAAUAUGAAUAUUCAAACUCCCACCCGACCUUCUACCCAUGCCAAGCCUCAGGGGCAGGUUGCUCCUGUCGCGCCCCACCAGUCUGCCACCCUGGAGACGAGAAGGGGAGGUAGCUCUGAACCGGCCAUGGGACCAGGAGGGGAUGCACAGCCAAACCCCAUUUCAUCCGAAGACCAGUUACCAUGCCAAGGAGAUAUCGAGAUGAGUGGCUCCUCUCUUGAGAUGAUGGAAGCGAAUCCCCAGGAAGACAUGCAGAAUGUACAAGAGUACCCCUUGACGCCAAAGUGCAGCCAAGAUCGGGAUAGAACAGAAGGUCCCAAGACCCCUAAGACACCUGGUGAUACCUUUGACCUGGGAAGCUUCAAGGACUUUGGGAAGUCAAAGUCUCCAGGUUUCUCUUAUUCCUGCAGAGCCAUGUUUGGUGAUUCCGCAGACCAAAAUCAGGCUGAACAGACUUCUAACAACAACUUUCAAGAAAAUCCGUUCUUCUCUUCCUUUUUUGGUGCGAGUAGUAAAUUUACGGACCAGCAACCUUCACAGAGUCCCGGUGAUAUGUUUGGAGGAGGAGGAAACACCCCCGCUACCUCAAACACCAACCAAGAUGCUGGAGCCAUGUCCAUGUUUGGGGAUUCCCCGUCAUCUACCCAACCAAACCAGACUAGGCAAGAGCCGGAGUCCAUGGGAUUCAGUUUCAAUUUUGGCAGUUCAUCCCCUUCCCAGACACCUGCUGGUGGAGAUAGUGAGAGUGGGGGUGGUAGAUCAGGAGGAUUUUGCCUGUUUUAGUUAGUUUUCAUCAAAGAGGUACGAAUAAACUUUUUGAAGGGUUGCUCGUAAAAAGAGAAUAGGGCCCUUAAAAAAAGUAAAAAGGGAUUAGGGCCCAUGUUACGAAGCAUUGCAAUGAAAUACUGUCUAUCUAAAAUUGUGAUUGAUGAAAAAUGUUCAUCUCAUAACUACACAAUAUGGAUCAACCACAUAUUGAUUGAGUUUGAUUAAGAUCUGUUGCUAGUCUCUGUAUGAUGGGGCCCUGAUUCUCAAGAAUUCAGUAAAUAAGGAACUUGUCUAAAAGUCUGUGCCUCAUCUUUUAUAAAAGCAAGGGGCGUUUCACAAAGAUUAAAAUUUGACUUGAGUCGCACUCAAAUUUCUGGUAUAGAUGGCAUCACCUAAUUGGCCAAAUUUUGCUAUUAAGAGGUCGCAUGCUAUUGUGUAUAAAUCUAUAAGAUUGCGUGUCGUGUAUCACAUGCGCAUCAGCACUUAACAUGACUUUAAGUCAUACUUAACUCUUUAAGAAACACUCUAAAGGUAACAUUACUCUACAUUGCGUCCCACAAAAAAGGUAACCCACUUUCAGAGAUAGAUUUCACAAUUAUUAACCAUGUUUUUUUCUAUAAAUUUGAUGCUUAUGGUAAGAGUGGAAUCUCAUUUUAGUUGAGACCAACAGCUCAGCAAAAUCAUUAAUUCAUGGCAGAUUACAAACAUUAAGUUGUGAGGCCUAUCAGAUAUGAAUUGCGCAGAAACUCACCCGUUAGUCUGAAUCCACUCUCAUUUCAGGGAUCAGUGAAAGAAACUGAACAAAGAAUACAAAUGAAAUGCUAAUGAGCCAAGCACUGAAUAAGCAUGGUUGUCUUAUCAUGAGCCAAUCUUGUCACAUCAAUUCAUGAGAUUUUUUUCACAAAUCAGGUAUCAAAAUAUAGAGGAAUAAUUGAAUUGUAUGAUGAUGAAAAACAAAUAUUGUUAAGUGACUUUAAAGAACAAAGAUGUGGGAAUCCCAGUUUCCUUUAUUGUGGGACGCACUGUAAAGUGAUCUCUUUAUGAAAAGUAAUCCAUUUCUAUUUGUGUUGUUUAAAUAUGAUUUUUUUUGUAUGAGCAAUAGGCCUAUGUGAAUAUUAUCACUGUUGAAGUUCACAAACGUGAAAGUAAUACCUUGCAUUCUUAUAAGGAAUAAGAAAUACAGUAUGUGUAAUUUUAUCUGUAGACCUUGGGCCCGUUGCAUAAAACUUUUUACCUGAGAAAACUCAGGUUGUUUUUACCGGAGUUUUUGCC